UAAAAUAAAAAGUAAAAUGUUUAUUUUAAUACAAGAAAAGUUUUGAAGUUUAAGACUUCAGCUUCCUUUAGUAUGACUUUCUAUUUCAGCUAAAACUGCACUAUUCAUCAUAAUAACAGGAUCACUUACUUGCUUCAGUGUGUAAUAAGUGGUAAACUCAAAUUUAUAUGAAUUUUCUUCCACUAACCUUUUCUUAGGUCUUUAGUGGCUUUGUCAUUAAUACUGUCCAUGCUCCUCUUCAAACCUGCUCCAAUUUAUAUCCUUGAUGAGGUAGAUGCAGCCUUGGAUCUUUCUCAUACCCAGAAUAUUGGACAGAUGCUGCGUACUCAUUUCACACAUUCUCAGUUCAUUGUGGUGUCCCUAAAAGAAGGUAUGUUCAACAAUGCAAAUGUUCUUUUCAAAACCAAGUUUGUGGAUGGUGUUUCUACAGUGGCUAGAUUUACUCAAUGUCAAAAUGGAAAGAUUCCAAAGGAAACAAAAUCCAAGGCAAAAGGGCCGAAAGGAACGCAUAUGGAAGUUUAAACUACUAAUUUAUUCCUUCACCUUGACCUGACCUGUUUUAUAAGCAUAAACUUUUAAGAACUUGGAAUGUCUAAUUUGUUUAUAUGAAAAAAAUUAAUGUUAUUUUGUUACUUAACCCAUACUUUCUCAUCCUUUAUAUAAUCAUUUAUAAAUGAGCUUAGAUUCCUCAUCUCUAAGUGUAAUUAUGGUCCAAUUAUUGUGGUUGUGAUUUUAUGCAUAUCAUCAGUGUUUUUUCUUAUGGAAGUCUUUUAUAUAUUAGGGAUCCUGAGAUACCUGGUUGAUGGUAAAUUCUGUAAAAAAGCAAAAAUACAAAGAAACAGAUAAAAUUACAUUAUAGGAUAUAUGUAUCUG